UGCCAUGGCAUCGUUCCAUUAUCAUGCUGACCUUCUCGUGGGCCAACCCAUGUGCACUGUCGCAGAAGUCACAGUGGUCAACCCUCCCUGGCCCUGGCUGCAGUCGUAGUUUCCACGAACCGCGGCUCAUUCCACACCCGGAACACUCGUGUCCAUGUGAGAUGUGCACAUGCCGUUCUCCACGGCGCCACCGAUGUUUGGAGAGCAUCCGUUUCAUGAGCCAAGUGUGGAUGAAACCGACGCGUCGUGGCUUGAUUCACGCCGACGAUUAGGAUGCGUCACGGUGACCUGUGGAUCCAGGCACGUCGAGGAAGCGCUGUGUGCGCCACGUACGCAGACGUGCGCAUGUGUGGGAGGCAUGGCGACGGGAGAGGUCGCGCUACAUGUGACGUUUCAAACCGUGGAAUGCCGCGGCCAUGGCCUUGACCAGCGGGAAUGACGCUAUGACUACCAUGACCAGUGCUGCGAUGGCUCCGGGCAUGUCCAGGGGUGCAGCCGGACUGCCAUGUUCGGACAUCCUUUCUAGCGGGCGGCGUUUGAUUGGGGUCGAAAGUUUGGCGUAUAAAAUUACCCCUGAGAAGGUGAAACGACGCGGUCGAAACGGUUUUUUAUUUGUUCAAAGGGCGAGCAACGCCAAGAACAGCAAGUGCGACUAUGUUCAUGCCAGAGAACUCGUUCGACGACGACGGCCGGAAGGGUCGGGGCGACCGCGAUCUCGCCAAGGACGUGGAUGAUCGCAUGUCGAUCGGUGACAAGCGUCGAGAAGCGCAUCCCAACAUGCUCGACGACGACGACAUUGAAGAGAUCGGAGGACCUGCCGGGAGUCGGUCCAACGUUAUUCAACAACAACGGGACUUCCACAAGAAGAAGAUGCAGGAGCGCAUGAACGGAGGGGUCGUCCGGUCCGCCGGAGCGCGCCAGUUCUCUUCGCCACGGUCGGUCGAUGUCGAUGACAAGCCAUCACGGUUUGGCCGCGACGAUGACUUUAUUGACGACCGCAAGGCAGCGUCAAAGAAGGCUCCGUCAUCGUCCCGACGAUUCCACGACGACGACGAUGAUGACGAUGACAUUGGGCGCCGGCGAGGCACGACUCCCAAGAAGAGUGGUCGGCAAUGGCGCGACGACAGUCCGGAAGACAGCGGCAGUCGAUCGCGUCGCGACGACCCACUUCCGUCCCGCAACAGUCGCCGGCCCAAGGAUGACGAUGAUGACGAAGAUGACAACGAGGACGACGAACGGCCUUCCCGUCGGCGCGAUGCGCCACCUUCUCGAGACAAGGACCGAUCGUUUUCGAGACAAGACGCCAACGAUUCGUGGGUUGAGCCAAAGAAGGGCCACAACAGUCGCGAGUUGACGCGCAAAGAAAAGGGAGCCGCGCGGGACAGGUCAAGUUCGCCAGAUCUGUCGUCAGAAGAAGAGGGGAACGAAGGAGGGGUUGUGUCCAUGAUCGACGACAAAAAGGGCUCGUCACAAAAGUCGACGGCGAAGAAGGGAAAGCUCGAUCUCACUGACAUGAAGGCGUUCCUGAUGCGCCCUGUGCCCAAAGCUUACGACGUCGUCGAGUGCUACAUCGAGCGCAACUGCGCCGGCGCGAAUAAGUUAUUUCCAGAGUACUGUUUGUACAUGAAGGACGGCGAUCGGUUCCUCUUGACGGCCAAGAAGCGCCCAAACAACCGCACGAGCAACUACCUGAUCUCGAUGCAGCGCGGCGACUUGUCGCGCAAGGGCAGCGACAACUUUCUCGGGAAACUCCGCUCCAACUUCAUCGGGACCGAGUUUGUCGUUUACGACAACGGCGUGAACCCGAAAGGCGCCGACCAGCACACGCUGACCGUGAACCCAGUCACGAUCCGACAGGAGCUCGGGAUCGCCGUGUACGCAAAAAACGUCCUGGGGUACAAGGGCCCGCGCAAGAUGAAGGUGUGCGUGCCCCGCGUCCGAGAAGACGGGACGCGCGUGGUGUGGCGCCCUACGACCAAGGAGGACGAGAUGGUCAACAAGUGCAAGGAGCAGGACCACACAAACCUGACGUACCUCAUCAAUAAACCACCUCGGUGGAACGACCAAGUCGGCGCGUACGUGCUCAACUUUAACGGGCGCGUCACGAUGGCAUCGGUCAAGAACUUUCAGCUCGUGACCCCCGAGGACCAGGAAACGGUGAUUCUUCAAUUUGGUCGCGUCGGGAAAGACCUGUUCACGAUGGACUUUCGCGCGCCUCUGUGCCCGUUCCAAGCGUUUGCGAUCACGCUGAGCAGCUUUGACUCGAAGCUCGCGUGCGAAUAAACCAACCGCGGCGCUCCGUAGCCCAGCGCGCAGCUCCGAGGCGCUGCAGCGUUGGCAUGAGUUGUUUCGACGGCGACCCCCUGCUUUGCAUGAUAAUCGCCUGUAUUGCAUAUGUGUUCGGAUCUAUCGCGGUCUGUGUCCGGCAUGCCACUUGUCGCCACAUCUUUUCUCCCGCCGAUUCAACCUGCGAUGCAAGUUGCAAUUAUUGUCGCAGGAGCGACGCCUCCGUGAAAAAAAAGGACGAGGCCCUCG